AUGAAUAAUCUCUCCACACUCUUCAAAAACCCAAGCUGCAAAGCUAUUGACAUCGACGACGUCGAUAGCUGUGAUGCCGAUAUCGAAAGCGCCUUCAGCUUCCUCGAAGAUCAAUCACGAUACUUUGCCGAUCUUGACGAUCGUGCGCCAUCGUCUGCUCAAAGAACUGGCUCAACACUCAAGAUCAACAUCGACUGUAGUGUUACCUACUCAAAUGACUAUUUUAAUGAUGUGAUCAUCGUCAACAUUCCCUCUGAAUCAUUUACCGGCAUCGAUACCUUCAUCGUGAACAACCUUGCAAUCUGCCUCCAGGCAACUUAUCCUUCCAUUUUGGUGUUCAACGUUGGAGGACAAAAUGUGACAAUUCAAUCGUUUGACAUGGAAAUACUCCGUCCCUCAGCCACUCGAAUUAUCUGGAACAUUUUUGAGGCUUCGAAUAUCCAGUUUGCUCUGAUCGCUGUGCAUGGAACCAUAUUGGCUCCGUUUGCUGAUAUCACUGCUGAAGGUGUAAUUUAUGGAAGCGUGCUCGCCCAAAGCUUCACCGGCCCCUCUCAAGUCAACAAGGCACCUUUGAACGCCUGUCAAAGCAUCGCCCCAACAAACUCAUCCUCUACCGUGUCCUCAUAUGGCCCUCCAACAUUCACGGCGACUACCUUCCUUCAGGGCAACUCUUCGCUGAGUUCGAACUGGGUCUGCGAGGGUCGCUUGGCCAUUGGUGGAAACCUUAGUUCAUCCCUGCUCUCGGUCGGCAGCUCGCUCUAUGGUGGUAUUUGCCACAGCUGCGCUGAUGUCACAGCCUGGAUCAAGUCUCAGUACGGAUCAUCGGCACCGGCCAUACUCUCCAAUGCCGCCAUUGUUAACGGAUAUGUGACCAGCGGCAUUCAAAACUCAACAGCCCUCCAAGUCACCAACGGUUAUUUCUCGAGUCCCAACGCACCCGGCAACGGAGUCCAAGUGGCCUUUAGUGACUGCAAAUAUUCUUCGGGUACCGUGUUAGAUUUCCAGUAUGCCUUCCAGUAUCUCAAGAACAUAUCGCUAGCUCUCAAGGCCCAACCAGUCACCGCGUCCGUGACAUUAACGGGAACAGUACUGACUAUCAGCAUACCUGACGGAUGCAAUGUUGCGGUCGCACAAGUCGAUAUAUCGGUGUUGAGCAGCGCAACAUCUCUUGUCAUCAAUAACCAUCACUUCUUUACAUGCACCGGCGCCCAAUGCGCCAAUGCAACAUUAAUCAUCAAUGUCGCUGGAGCCAGUGCGUCCAUCAACUCUCUGACUAUGACGGAUCUGAAUGGCGUUGAUGGACAAGUGAUAUUCAACUUUUAUGAGGCAACCAAUAUCGCCAUAUCAGCCACAGACUUUGUUGGCAUGGUCCUCGCUCCCAACGCCACAGUCACACAAGCAAGCGGAUCUCUCACUGGAAAUUUGUAUGCAUUAUCAGUGAAUGUCAGCAACUCGGUUUAUAGCGCCUUCCGAUUCAAGUACAGCGAGUUCAAGGGCUGUAUUCCGCGCAUCAGGUCAUCGCCCCCAACAUCGUCGCCUGGUGGACUCAGCGGCGGUGCCAUUGCCGCGGUCGUUGCUUGCGGUGUUGUUGCGGCAGGAGGAGCGGCUGCUGCUGGCUUCUGGUUCAUGAACCGAGCCACAGUCGCUGGUCAGGCCUUGUCUUCUGCCCCGGGCGCCCUCUCGGGGGCAAGCCUCCAACCCGCUCUACCAAGCCCCGACAAGCACUGGCGGUACAAACCCAAUCUAUCAAGGUCAAAGUUAGGCGUCAUAAAUUAAUGUCAGCGCUGCCGAUUCAACAGCACCAAACUGGACCAAUAUUUAUCUUUUUCAAACGUUAACUACUAAUUAAAUGUUAUCGUUAAGCAACCGAGUCGAAUAGAUAGUAAAUCACAUUCCCAAAAUCAACAAGAUUAAAAUAUUAAACAGGG